GGGAAGGUCUUCAGCAAGAGUUCACAGUUAAGCGGGCAUCAUAGAAUUCAUUCUGGAGAAGAGCCUUCCAAUAAAUGUAAUAUUUGUGGGAAGACUUUUCGAAAGAGUUCACAGUUAAUUCUGCAUCCGAAAAUUCAUACCAGAGAGAAAUCUUUCAAAUGUAAUUAUUGUGAGAAGGCCUUCUACCGAAGUUUCAGGUUAACUCAACAUCAGAGAAUUCAUACUGGAGAAAAAACUUACAAAUGUAAUGAUUGCGAGAAGACCUUCCACCGGAGGUCAAAAUUAACUCAGCAUGAGAGAAUUCAUUCUGGAGUAAAGCCUUAUAAAUGUAAAGAUUGUGGGAAGGCCUUCCACCAAAGUUCAGGAUUAACUCAACAUCAGACUAUUCAUACUGGAGAAAAGCCUUUUAAAUGUAAUGAUUGUGGGAAGGUCUUCUGUCGAAGUUCAAAAUUAAUUCAACAUCAGAGAAUUCAUACCGGAGAGAAGCCUUAUAAAUGUAAAGAUUGUGGGAAGGACUUCCACCAGAGUUCACAGUUAGCUCUACAUCAAAGAAUUCACACUGGAGAGAAGCCUUUUAAAUGUAAUGAUUGUGGAAAAGCCUUUCAUCAUAGAGUUAACUGUACACCAGAGAACUCAUACUGGAAAGAAGCCUUACAAAUGUAACCACUGUGGGAAGGCCGUUUGCUGUAGUUCUAAAUUAACUGCACAUCAAAAAAUUCAUACUGGAGAGAAACCUUUUAAAUGUAAUGAUUGUGGAAAAGCCUUCCAUCAAAGUUCAGAGUUAACUGUACAUCUGAGAAUUCAUAAUGGAGAGAAACCUUACAAAUGUAAAUAUUGUGGGAAGGCUUUCCACCAGAAUUCAGAGUUAACUAGACAUCAGAAAAUUAAUAUUGGAAAGAAGUCUUAUGAGCAUAAUGAUUGUGGGAAGGCUUACUACUGGAGUUCAGGAUUAAUUCAACACCAGAGAAUUCAUGCUGGAGAAAAGCCUUAUGAAUGCAAAGAUUGUGGGAAAGCCUUCAGAAUCAAAAUACAUCUUAUUCUGUAUCAGAGACUUCACUCUGAGGAGAAACCUUAUAAAUGCUAUGAAUAUGGGAAGGGCUUCCCCUGGAACUCACAGUUAACUUUGCACCAGAGAAUUCAUAAUGGAGAAAAGCCUUACAAAUGUAAUAAUUGUGGAAAAACCUUCCCUGAGAAUUCAGAAUUAACUCAACACUGGAGAAUUCAUACUGGAGAGAAACUUUACAAAUGCAGUGAUUGUGGGAAGGCAUACAAUCAGAAUUCAGAAUUGACUCAACAUCAGAGAAGUCACAUUGGAGAGAAUCCUUACCAAUGUAAUGAUUGUGACAAGGCCUUCACCCGAAAUUCAGAAUUAACUCAGCAUCAGAGAAUCCACCUUUGAGACUAGCCUUAUGAAAUUAAGUAUUACAGAUAGGUGAUCAUAUCAAAAUAUAGACAUCAGAGACUUCAUAUUGGGGAGAAGCCUUGUACAUCAAAAAAUUCAUAGUAGAAAGGAACUCUACAAAUAUAUUUAUUGAAAAAAUUUGUAAAGCCCACAGUUCAUUAAACAUCAAAUAAUUCAUACUGGAGAAAAACUAUAAAUAUGAUUGUUGAAAGACUUUGUUGGCUCCCAAUUUAAUCAACAUUCAAGAAUUUAUAUGAUGGUGAAACAUUUUAAAUGAUAAUAUGGAAAGAUCUGGCUGGGUAACAAAAUCUUAAUGAAUAUCAGAUUCAUAUGGGAGAAAAGUCUUACAAAUAUAUAAUUGUGAGAAGGUC